GUAUUUACUGUUAUUUAUUUAAUGUUAUAUAAUAGUAACUGACAAGGCACACACCCGUCCUCUACCGACAAAACGGACUCUAGCAAUGCAAAACUUGCUGAAACAAACUGACAAAUGUGUACUCAAUAGCAAGACAUAUUAAAGCAGAGACAGUGAGCAGACUAACAAAACUGGAGUGUCAGCAUCAGGCCAGGUGGUGAAGAACCAGAAGAGUGGUAAGAAGAGCGACCUCGCCCGUGCCUCAGCCAUGACAGACCCCAGCCUGACGUCCCCCUCAGAGGCCCCUCUGCGCUCCCCCCGGGCUGCACCCAUUUCCCUCUCCUUCCCCUUCUUGAGGGAGGGCAGCCGUGUGUGGGAAAGGGGAGCGGCACCCCAGCCCCGGUCACUGCCCAGCCCACUGCCCACCAAACGCAACCGCACCUAUUCAGCCACGGUGCGGGCCACCUCAGGGCCAGCGUUUAAGGGCGUGUGCAAGAGCUUCUGCAGGUCACAAGGUCAUGGCUUCAUACGCCCCACCAAUGGCGGAGAUGACAUCUUUGUUCACAUCUCUGAUAUCGAGGGCGAGUAUGUCCCAGUAGAAGGAGAUGAGGUCACAUACAAAGUCUCCCGGAUCCCACCCAAAAACCUGAAGAUCCAGGCCGUGGAGGUGAAGAUAGUUCAUCUGAACCCAGGGACGAAGCAUGAGACCUGGUCUGGCCAGAUCAUCAGCCAGCUAGACGAGAGCUAGGCUUCAGCGCUGGCCUGUUUAUCUACACUUGGCUACAGGGAGGGCUAGGGUGGGAAGUUGAGGGGUCUGGCUAGGGCAGGCAGGGACGGCCAACUGGUGCUGGAGAGUCUGUCUAAAUCAGGUGUGCUAGAGCUGGGCUGGAACAAAACCCUAGAUACACUGACUGGCUCCUCAGGACACAAGUUGGCCAUCCGUGAACUAGGACGUGGUUAGUACAGACUGGAUUGAUAAGUCAUAAAAGCCAAGGGAGGAGAAUAUGUUCAACCUGAAGGUACUGGAAGUGGGUGAGGGGACUGUGGAGGAAAUAGAAUGAGAAAUCCGACACCAUUUUGAGGAGAAGCAUUACUAUUGGUGUCAAAUCAAAAUGAGGUUGGAGAGAAAAUAACUGAUGAAGGUUUAGAGGUACAGAAUCGGAAACGUCUGAUUGAGAGAGCAAUCGAGAAGGGAGGGAGAGAUGGGCGUAAGACAAAAUCAAAAGCUUGAACGAAUAAUUUAUAUUUUACUGUGAAUGGAAAAGCCACUAUUAAUAUGUUCUCGAGGUACACAACCGUCUUUGUAUUUUUGCCUUUUAUUCAUAUAUAUUUAUUUGAUCA